AUGAAGGCUCUCGCUUUGCUGCUGCUGCUGGCCCUCGUCGGCGUGGUAGCCGCAUGGUCCAAGGAAGACUAUGAAAUCUUUCGACUGCGCGAUGAGCUGGCCACAUCAGAAGGAGCCAAUGUGACUUUCUACGAUUUCCUCGAGGUCCGACCGAACGCCAACCAAGAACAAAUUGUCAAGGCCCACCGCAAAAAGUCGAAGAAUCUGCACCCGGACAAGGUCCGCCGCUCAUUCAUCGCCAACUACGCCAAGGACAAGUCCAAGGCCAAGUCCUCCCAGCCCGGCGUCCACGUUAACAAGGGCCCCUCUAAACGCGAGGUCGAUGCCGCCAUCAAGGAAGCAAACGCCCGCUCCGCCCGGUUGAACCUGGUCGCCAACGUUCUCAAGGGCCCCGGCCGCGAACGCUACGACCACUUCCUCCGCCACGGCUUCCCCCUGUGGAAGGGCACCGGCUACUACUACUCCCGCUUCCGCCCCGGUCUCGGCUCUGUCCUGCUCGGUCUGUUCCUCGUCUUCGGCGGCGCGGCCCACUACGGCGCCCUGAUUCUUGGCUGGAAGCGCCAACGUGAAUUCGUCGAUCGUUAUAUCCGCCAGGCGCGCCGCGCCGCCUGGGGCGAUGAGCUCGGCGUGCGAGGUAUACCCGGUGUGGAUGCGGAUGUCAGUGCCCCCGCGCCGACCCCGGAUGCCGCUGACAGCGGCGCUGUCGCCAUGAACCGCCGCCAGAAGCGCAUGAUGGAUAAGGAGAACCGCAAGGAGAAGAAGGGCGGGCGCGCUGCAGGUCGGAGCUCUGGCACCGCCACCCCGACCGAGCAGCCUGUGGUCUCGGCUGGCGAGCGCAAGCGCGUCAUGGCCGAGAACGGCAAGGUCUUGAUUGUCGAUUCCGCCGGCAAUGUCUUCUUGGAGGAGGACUCCGAGGACGGCGAGCGCCAGGAGUUCCUGCUCGAUAUUGACGAGAUCCACCGGCCCACCCUCCGCGACACCAUGGUCUGUAAGCUGCCUAUUUGGUGCUACCACCAAACGCUUGGUCGUGUCUUGGGCUCGUCAGCCGCAGAAGGGGAGGAAGACGUCCCGGCAGACGAGCUGCUGGCUGAAGAGACCAGCGGCACGACAGCAACGGCAAAGCCGGCGACGCGGCGACGCGCCAAACGUAACCAGCGGUCAUAG